CCGAUGGGUUCCCGCAGCCAAAGCUUCUUCCAAAACCACCACCACCACCACCGCAGCUCCAUGGUGCCCGCUGCGGUGCCAAGGCUGCUGCCUGAGAAUGGCAGCCUGCUAGGGGGCAUUGCGCAAAUCACCCCCAACCUCUUCCUUAGCAGAGGGAACGUGGCGUCAAACCGCAGCUUGCUGCUGUCUAAAGGCAUCACCUGUGUGGUCAACGCCACCAUUGAGCUCCCAAACUUCAACUGGCCUCACAUGGAGUAUGUAAAGGUCCCAUUGGCGGAUAUGCCCCACUCCCCCAUCUCCUUGUACUUCGACAGCGUGGCUGAUAAGAUCCACAGCGUGGGACGUAAACGGGGGGCGGUUCUGGUGCACUGUGCAGCGGGGGUGAGCCGCUCAGCUUCUCUGUGCCUGGCGUAUCUCAUGAAGUAUCACCGCGUGUCUCUGGCCGAGGCCCACGCCUGGGUCAAAGCCCGCCGCCCCGUCAUCAGGCCCAACGGCGGCUUCUGGCGCCAGCUCAUCGAGUACGAGAGGAAGCUGUUUGGUAGAAACUCUGUUAAGAUGGUGCAGACGCCCUAUGGAGUCAUACCUGAUGUUUAUGAGAGGGACCGCAGGAACCUGGCUCCAUACUGGGGCCUGUGAGAGAGGCUGUGCCAGUGGUCCACAGGGAGGGAUCAAAGACAAAAGUGAAGAUGAGCCCUUUUGCCUUUCUGGACUGCAGGUUCAUGUCUGUUCAGGACAGGCGAAGUGAGACGCGUGUGAGUGUAGAUCUGUGUGAAGCUUAUUUAAUGAAUAUUGGUGCGUUUGGACAGAGGGAGUCUAACCAAACACUGGUUGUUGAUGCUGCUUUUCAUCCAACCAGUUGUCUCCAUUUAGUCUUUGAGUUGGAGCAAGGCCACUUCAAGCCCAGAAUCCUUUGGACCAAGGGAUCGAUUGGGACCACAGUUAUGUCAGACACCAAAACAAGAUGAACUGCAUAGACUGUAGAAGUCCUGCUGUCUAUCUCCUGGUCUGUGUUUCCAGUUCCAGUGGAGGAUGAGCGCUCUGUGAAGGUGUUAGCUGUGCUCAAGACUCUGCAGCUCUUACAGUGAUGUGACUGAAGUCCUUUUCCUGACGUGGUGUCAUGUGGUGGUAUUGUGCCAGUUUUGCAGUAAUCUUUGGUGUAAGGGCAGCAGCAUGCUCUCAAUUUAUGGUAGCAUUUAAGAAGUGUACAGAAAAAAAAAAGUAUAUAGACAAAUUAUUUUACUGGACUGUAUUGAUAUUGAGGAAAAGUGGUUAUGGUGCACUUUAACUGAACAUUUAAAGAUGCUUUUAAAGCUAUAUCCACCUUUUAAAGGUGAAAAUCUAAAAGAUGUAUGCUAAAGUGAAGGUUUAGGGAAAGCUCCUGUGUACCACAGGGUCGACUGUUCCGUCCUGUGACCACACUAUGUUAUUGUAGUGCUAUUUGAUGCUGUAUUUAAAAAAAAAUCUGCCGCCUCAAGGAAACUGGUAGCUCUAUGAUAGAUGCUUGGAAGAAUAUUUUCUAUCCCACUGUUGUUGCCGUGUGCUCAUAUUCAGGUAAGGGUCCAGAAAGAUCAGUGUAGUUCAGAAAACACAUUUUAUUUCUGUUUGUAAAAUGGCCUACUUUAGUGGUUCAGUGCUUUUCUGAAGAGCCAUGUCACACAGGCUGAAGGCUUGUGUAGUGGUUGAAAUUUUCACUUUGCUGCACAGCUGCCCAUGCUCUAAAAGCACUGCUUAGCACUAAAUAGAGUUGUAGAGGUGAGACAAAAUACUGCAGUAAAUCACAAUACACAAUAUCAUCAAGGCUUUGCCACCAAUGAAGUCACAUAAAAGAAAAUGUAAUUCAGUGAACAAAUACAAUGCAUGAGUUUCUGCUCACUGAAAACUUUCUUCCUUUUUUAGUGUUAUAUUUUCCUCUUAAAGGUACCCUCUGCAGUUUUCUUGUAAACAAACAAAAUUUAUGUGUAUUUAGUGUUACUCACCAAAAUGCAUUUUGUCUGUCGUUGUGGUUUAAUAAAUGUAGUGAGUGUGUUUUUUUCCUCAUAAAACAUUUGCAAAGCUGAUUUAUUUUAAAAACAUUUUUAAUCCAGCAUUGUUUAAAUUCAUGUUUAUUAGCAAGAGGUUUCAUUUUCCCUGCCUUUGAUGGUGCAUUGCUGUUUCUUGGCACAUGACAAGGAUGCAUAUGUGCAAGACAAAAAAAAAAAAAAUAUUUGCACCACAGCACUUCUGAAAAUCAAAAACUCCACGGGGUACCUUUAACUUACAGUUUAAUGUGAUGUGUUCAGGGUUGCAUCUAACAAUUUUUUUCAUUUAUCAAUUAAUCUGUUUAGAAUUUUUUUCUAUUAAUUGAACAAUUGCUUAAAAAUUGAAAUGAAAAUUCUGCAGAAUGCCUCCCGACACUGAUCUGCAUUGUAUAUCAUGUAUAAAAAAAACCUUCCCAUCAUUGCCUGAGUAAUGCCAAAAACUAACCCGAUAACUUGACCUGACAAACAUUAGAAAAUGGUGAAAGGUGCCUAAAGUCUUAAGGGUAACACAUACCAGCAGUAUGUGACAUGCAUCAAAACUCCUGCACCAAUUUUUUUUCUAUGUAAACCUACACACCACGAGCAUAUUAGCAUGUGUCAUUGCGAGUUCAUGCACGUCAGUGCCAAGCGGCUAUUUUAUUGCGUGGGCAGGUUUGGCACUUGAUGCCUACCAUACAAUGACUACCGUAGUUCUUCUGUCUGUAUCACAUGCCCUCUGUGUGGUACAGGAGCCAAAUUACACACUUCAAAUGAUGCAGUGCUACAUGAGGUGCCAAGUGUGUGUUGCAUUUAAAUUAACAUCUUCAAAUUGCUUAAUUUGUCCAACAAAUGGUCCAAAAGAUAUUUGCAGUAAAAAAAAACAUAAAAAUGUGUAAAUUCUCACAUUUUAGAAGCUGGAACCAGAGACAAAAGACAAAACCGUUCACAAAUGUCAUAAUUUUCUCUCUAUACUAAUCUCAAGUUACCAUUUCAGCACUAGAUGUAUCAUAUGACUCUUUCCUGAUGCUUAAUCACUGAUGCUGCGAUACCAUCGUUAUCAUGGGCAGUGAAUGUAUCGUGUUAGUUGUGUGUUGUGAUUUAUGUUCUUGACUCUCCCUCCUACACUACAGCACAGUAUAAUAUCAGUGUUGGGUGUGGUCAGACAUCUAAUUGACCACAUGCAGCAGUGAUGUUGAUUGUGAUCACAAGUGCAGCAGAGUUGACAUUUUCAACCCACAGAGCUCAGUGCAACAAUGCUUUUUCUGCCAUAAUAAAUUAUGUGUGAUAUUAUAAUUCAACAAAAAAAAGAAGAAGUUCAGCGGUAAAUGA